CAUUCUUCUUCCCCUUUCAACUCAUUCAUGAUAUCUUUCUGUUUCCCCUUUCAAUUCAUUCACAAAUUGAAAACCUAUUUUCGUCACUCAUUCACAAAUUCUUUCUUCUUCCUCUUUCAACUUUUCCAUUCGAAUUUACAUCAACGAUGGCGCGACCGAUUGAAUCCGUGAUGGACAUUAACGAUUCUAAAGAUUUGUGGAAGAUUGUUGUUCGUUGUAGACAUCUCUGGACUGUGAGAAGUUCGUCAAACAAAGAACACCUUGAACUAAUUUUGGUUGAUUCUAAGCUGGAUAUGAUACAAGCAAUUGUACCAUCCCAUCUGGUGUCGAAAUAUGUGGGCGAUCUUGCCGUAGGAGCUUCAUAUAUCAUGCAGAACUUUAAAGUCUCAAACAAUGAUUUCUCCUUUAAGUCUACUACUCAUGGAUACAAGUUGGUAUUUUGUGGUUCAACUUAUGUUAAGAAAACGGAGCUCCCGGAGAUUCCUAUAGAUUAUUUCAACAUUCUUGGUUUGGCGUCCAUUGCUGAUGGAAAAUUCCAGCCUAAUGUAUUGGUUGACGUAGUUGGAGGAGUUACUGGAAUUCUGCAGACUCAGAUAAACUCAGAUAACAACAAAAGCAAGUUUGUGUUUAUGAUCACUGACAUGAGCAAAAUUGUCGUGCAGUGUACACUAUGGGGUAAUUUUGCAUUGCAAUUUUAUGAAUACUACAAGAACCAUGGGGAAGAUGUGAACAUUGUUGUUCUAUUACAAAACACAAGGAUAAAGGCUGCGCAAGGAGGUUUUCCCUUAAAUGUAUCCAAUGCUUGGAGUGGCACAAAGCUGAUCAUUAAUGAUAUUAGUAAUGUUGAAAUUAAGAAGCUGAAAAGGAUAGCCUAA